CCGGACUUUUCAACAUUGAGGACAUCCAACCGAUUGACAGUGAAGAGCUACGCCAACAGGGAGGGAGCUUUUACGACCCACUCAGAACAGAGAUCUGUAUAUCCGACGUUCCUACGUUGAUCCAUUCCCUACUCGUGAAAGCUUUACCUUGCCUACCAACCAUCCGGACUACCUCCAAACUCAACCAUGUCUCACGGCGAUCACUCAAGGGAUCCCUGUCCCUAUGUUAUUCUAACAGAUUUUGGUGGAGCGUUCUCUAUGGGAGCGAUCGGAGGAGGCAUCUGGCACGGAAUCAAGGGAGCGAGGAAUAGUCCAAGGGGUGAACGUCUUGUGGGCUCAUUAUCAGCUAUCAAAGCCCGUGCGCCUGUCUUGGGAGGAAACUUCGGUGUUUGGGGAGGUCUAUUCUCAUCAUAUGACUGUGCCGUCAAAGGCUACAGGCAAAAGGAGGACCCAUGGAACGCUAUCAUUGCAGGAUUCUUAACCGGUGGAAGUUUGGCCAUCAGGGCUGGUCCUAGAUCAGCGUUCGGGUCAGCUGUGGGAUGUGGUAUUCUGCUUGGAGUGUUUGAAGGCGUAGGAGUUCUCAUGAAUCGAAUGUUUGCUCAGCCCAUACCGCAGAUGCAGCUGCCGGAGCAAGCCGCUGCCCCUGCCGUCAGUUAGAAUCGUCAAUCCUUCAUGUUUGUAUUUAUAAUGUUCGAGUCUUACGGAGCUCUCAUCUCACUCCUCUUGCACGCAUGCACUUUACCAUGACAUAUCCUGUCUCUUUGGACCUCUCG